GUGCUAUGAUUUUAUAGAUAUGUAGUGUGAAUAAAAUGUAUUUUAUUAUGCUUAUUUAAGUAACUAGUGAAAUUAAAUUUUGAAAUGCAUACAGUGUGAAAUUCAAGAAACUUGAUAGUUAAACGAUUAGUUAGUUUUAAUUUUACAGUUUGGCUAAAGUUAGACGAAGCAAAACAAAUAAAGAAGUAUGUGAAGAAGAAAUAUCAAUUAUUUAAAAGUGUGAAAAAGCUAUUGCCAUGGCUGAGGUAUUGGUGGCGAACAUGUUGAUAUUAAAGCCCCACCAUUAGUUUUCCUACGCAUUGGGGGGUGGGGCGCGGGGUUGGUGUACCCGUGCCCCCGCCCGGAGACCUCUUGGCCACUAUUAGUAUGUUUGAGCAACAGAUCAAAUCAGAACCGAUGAGUUUUUAUUCAUGCCCUCCACCAACACAUCCACGACUAGAAAAUUCAGAACAUUCCGUAAUAAACAUUUCAUCUGAUAAUUCUGCAAAAGAUGCUAUGGUGCAGCAAAUUUCUGUAAACACAAAUGAAAAACUACAGUACGCUAUUGAGCAAAAUCAGCAAUCAUCCCAAAAUUCUGCGAAUACACAAAUCAAUCAAAUAAAUCAAGUAAAUCAGGAAUCUCAAAUUGGACAAGUUAUUAAUCAAGUUAAUCCUGCUGUUAUACAGUCAAAUCAAAUUGGCCAACAUGAUAUGGAAAAUGUAAAUCACGAUGAAGGGCAUGAUGGUCAUCUUACAGCAAAAACUGAACUCAAUUCUCGGAACAAACCACAAGCCUGCAAAAUUUGUGGGAAAAUCUUAUCCUCUGCUUCUUCAUAUUAUGUACAUAUGAAAUUGCAUUCAGGAAACAAGCCAUUUCAGUGUACUGUUUGUGAUGCAGCAUUUUGCCGAAAACCUUAUCUUGAGGUACAUAUGCGCACUCAUACAGGUGAAAGGCCAUUUCAGUGUGAUGUAUGCAAUAAACGGUUUACACAAAAGUCUUCACUAAAUACUCACAAAAGGGUUCAUACAGGUGAGCGGCCCUACCAGUGUGCAAGUUGUCUCAAGACUUUCAGUCAGAAGUGCGCACUUCAUUUACAUGAGAAAAUUCAUACUGGUUACUGGUCGUUGAACAAGCCUUUCCAGUGUACGCAAUGCGAUUCGGCAUUCUGUCGGAAGCCCUACCUGGACAUUCACAUGCGCACCCACACCGGUGAGAGACCCUUCCAGUGCGACAUCUGUAUGAAGCGGUUUACACAGAAAUCUUCGUUGAACAUCCAUAAAAGGAUCCAUACAGGUCUGUGGCAACGCUGCUCCUGUGGUAAAAUGAUAGAAAUUUGUCGAAAGGUUGACAGAAAUCUCGCAGGAAAUAACAGCAACGAGAAAUUACCCAUGAUGCCCGGGUCGGUCGAUGACAAUUCAGAUUGCGCCUCGUCGAAGAACGGAACCGACGCGACAAAUCAAGACGACGCAGACUUAGACGAUGACAUGGAAAACGAGGACGAAGACGACAUGGACGAUGCCUCUGAUGAGGAUGACGCCUCUGACGUUGACAAACCUGAUUCAGACAGUAGGGUAGACUCAAUAGCUGCCGGUGCUCGAUAAGAACCCAACGCGUAUCGGCAUUUAAACUAAAUAAUAUAGAUUAUAUAUUAUAUGUGCUUCAGUAAACCGAGUGGUAACGCAGACGCCAGCUUUGUUGGUGGAAAUUUAUAAAAUAGCAAGUCACAUGUGGACACGGGUCUUUCAAUUUUCGAGCUAUUCCUAUUGUAUCGAUCAUGUUGGCAAUGGCAUUAGUAAUUGAAUGCAACACCAAUCUACAGUAUCUAAUUUGAAUUUUAAAUUAAAAUGAUAACUUAUUAACUAUAUUUCUUUGUUUUGGUAUUUGCUAUGAU